GGGGCCCAGUCCCCCCCACUGGACCGCCUAGAUACGUCACUGCAAUUGGGGUGAUCGUGAAAUUAAGAGAUUUCCAAGUGUAGUUAAUUCUUUCUAUGCAGUUGUUUGAGUUCUAUUCUUUACAAAAAUUGAAUUUGAUGCAUUUAAAUAUAGGUUAGCAUAAAAUUCGAACGCAAAAAAAAUAAAAAGGUUUGCAUAAAGUUUCCGCGGUGACCAACAAUGCGGAUGACGCUCCUCAGCUAAUCGCAACCUUCCACAUCAUCAAGAUUAGCAGUUUUGAACCGGUUCAGCCGGUGCCCAGUUCUUCUCUCUAUUUAUAGCGCGAAACAAAAAUUUGUUUCUUGCUAUCUCAGCUGUUGCAAUAUUCUGCAGUUCGUUUCUUCAGCUUGUGGUUACUUGUUUUACAACCGCUGAGUUCCGUUGAAUUUUUAAGUGGGUUUUCGUUUUUUGAGUUACAAGAUACUGAUUUUGGUGAAUAUCGAUAUAUAUAUACAUAUAUAUAGAGAGAGAAGGAUGUUUCUUUUGGAUUGGUUUUAUGGAUUGUUAGCAGCGUUGGGAUUGCAUCAAAAGGAGGCCAAGAUUUUGUUUCUGGGUCUCGAUAAUGCCGGGAAAACUACCUUGCUUCAUAUGUUGAAAGACGAGAGGCUGAUGCAGCACCAACCAACUCAAUAUCCAACUUCAGCGGAGCUGAGCAUUGGCAAAAUAAGAUUCAAAGCUUUCGAUUUGGGCGGUCAUCAGAUUGCGAGAAGAGUCUGGAAGGAUUACUAUGCAAAGGUUGAUGCUGUGGUGUAUCUGGUGGAUGCCAGUGACAAGGAGCGGUUUGCUGAGUCGAAGAAGGAGCUGGACGCGCUGUUAUCAGAUGACGCGCUGGCAAGCGUCCCGUUCCUCAUCCUGGGGAACAAGAUUGACCUACCGUCUGCUGCCUCCGAGGACGAGCUGCGCUUCUUCAUCGGAUUGAACGACGGCCUCACCACCGGUAAAGGUAGGGUUAGCGUUGAUGGCUGCAACAUUCGACCGCUCGAGGUCUUCAUGUGCAGCAUUGUGCGUAGAAUGGGAUAUGGUGAUGGAUUUAGAUGGAUGUCUCAGUACAUCAAGUGAGUCUGUGUCACAGAAAGAGUUGUUCAUAUACAUAUGAUGAUUUGUGAUUGAAUGUAGAACUUGUGAUUUCGAGUUUUUGGAAUGGAUGUGAUUUUACA